AAUCCUCCCUUCUCCUCCAGUCUCGCCUUCGCAUCCACAGCUGACGAUGACCAACCUUUUAGCUGGCAGCGCUACGGAACUUAGCGACCAGCUAGCUCUCCUUAGUAGCGUCGUUUAAAAUGUGUACGCUAUGACCGUGUUGCUGUUUUACUUCAGCGAAGGUGUGUUACGGCGGAAUAUAGACGGGUGGUGUAAAUGUGUCCUGAUACCCGAGUACCACGCUCAGCUUGUUGUUCCUCUCGUUACCUAACUUGUGUAGUCCGACGGGAGAAUCGGAGGAGGGUCCAGCUAUCGAAGCUAACAGCUCGGAGGCUAGCUCAUACACAACGCAGCUACCUUGUUAGCUUUCUGGUUUGUUAACUACUUUGGUCUGGCUCGACUGCGCUUUGAAUGGUGUUUCUUUUACAAGAUAGCACCCGAUCCAUCCAGUCCUGGAUGAGAGGUUGACUGAAGCCUUUGGUUGCCUGUGAUGUUCCGAGCUUUCCUGGCUGCAUCACCAGACCUUUUCUGGUUCAUUUUAGUAGCCAUUUAUCACUAGUCCCACACAAGUCUCUGCUUGGCAACAGUAUGGUCUUUUGCACUGGCCCCACCCAGCCCACAGGGACAAGAACCCCCCAAAACCAAGCUCUCCAAAUGAUAUGAUAGUAGCCACCUGGAUUACUUUCUGUGCCUGCAGGAGCCUUGUACAGGUUCUGCUCUUCCUCUCUUCCUCAAAGUCCCUUCAUCCAUUCUGGGAAACACUUGCCAGUUUGGUCUCCAACUCUGGAACCAUGGGUAAUAGCUGUGUAUGUCGAGAAGAUAGUGACUUAGAGGACCAACAUCAUGGUUCAUCGAGAGCAACCCGAGGACAAGCUAGGCGGGUGGAUCACAGUGCAGGUGUGGGUGCUGACGCCGCAGAGGCUCGGAGCAGUCGGCCCAGGGACCCGGUUAGGCCACCUCGUCGAGGUCGAGGGCCUCAUGAGCCGAGACGGAAAAAGCAGAAUGUAGAUGGCCUGGUGCUGGACACGCUGGCUGUCAUCAGGACACUUGUAGACAAUGAUCAAGAGCCUCCUUACUCCAUGAUCACGCUGCAUGAGAUGGCAGAGACGGAUGACGGCUGGCUGGAGGUUGUCCAGUCUCUGAUACGAGUGAUUCCACUGGAUGAUCCACUAGGCCCUGCAGUGAUCACACUUCUCCUGGAUGAGUGUCCUCUACCCACCAAGGAUGCUCUCCAGAAACUCUCGGACAUGUUGAGUCUGAGUUCAGCCGUUGCACAACAAGACGCUCUAAACCCCGCUAAACACAGAAACACCACUGCGGUCCUGGGAUGCCUGGCAGAGAAGCUAGCCGGAUUGCCCAGUAUUGGGUUGUUGAGCCCUGGAACCCUUGAAUACCUUCUAGAGAGCCUGAGCUCCGAGGCCCACCCCACUGUCAUGCUGUUUGCUCUCAUCGCUUUGGAGAAGUUCUCUCAGACAAGCGAGAACAAGCUGACUGUGUCCGAGUCUUCGAUCAGCGAUCGUCUGGCUGUUCUGGAGUCUUGGGCAGAACAUCCUGACUAUCUAAAGAGGCAGGUUGGAUUUUGUGCACAGUGGAGCCUUGACAACUUGUUCCUAAAGGACGGUCGUCAGUUCACUUACGAAAAAGUCAACCUCACGAAUAUCAACGCCAUGCUGAACAGCAACGAUGUUAGCGAGUACCUCAAGAUCUCCCCGACUGGACUCGAGGCGCGAUGUGAUGCCUCAUCCUUUGAGAGCGUGCGCUGUACAUUCUGUGUGGAUUCGGGCGUUUGGUACUACGAGGUGACGGUUAUCACAUCGGGGGUGAUGCAGAUCGGAUGGGCCACCAAGGACAGCAAGUUCCUAAACCAUGAAGGUUAUGGAAUAGGAGAUGAUGAAUACUCGUGUGCGUACGAUGGCUGCAGGCAGCUAAUCUGGUACAACGCUCGCAGUAAACCUCAUGCUCACCCCUGCUGGAAGGAGGGAGAUGCCAUCGGCUUCCUGUUGGAUCUCAGCAAAAAGCAGAUGAUCUUUUACCUGAACGGACAUCAGCUCCCGCCAGAGAAACAGGUGUUCUCAUCUGCCACGUCCGGCUUCUUUGCGGCAGCCAGCUUCAUGUCGUACCAGCAGUGUGAGUUUAACUUCGGGGCCAAGCCUUUCCGUCACCCACCUUCUGUCAAGUUCAGCACCUUCAAUGACUUUGCUUCACUGCUGCCCAGUGAAAAGAUCAUCCUGCCCAGACACCGGCGUCUGGCCUUAAUGAGGCAGGUUAGCAUCCGAGACAACUGCUGCACGCUGUGUUGUGACGUCAUGGCCGACACAGAGCUGCGGCCCUGUGGACAUGGUGGUAUGUGUAUGGAGUGUGCCUUACAGUUAGAGACGUGCCCCCUCUGCCGCCACGACAUCCAGACCCGCGUUAGACUCAUUGCACACGUCUCCUGACACACUUCCUGCGCUCGCUCCAGUAAACGGAGGCACACAAGCCCUUUAGCUUCCUCCUCCUCCUCUAAUCCCCUCUUACCCCACAGGGCUGCGAGGACGUUGCCACAGUGUGGCGAUGAUGGCAGAACGCUGAAUUCUGGUCAGACGAGAUGGCGGCAAUGGAGGGUGGAUAGAUGAAAGAAAGGAGAUGAGAGGAGGGGCAAAAAACCGACAGCUGGAACCCCCAGGAGCUUUUCCUCGUCUAUCUACAUCUCCUCUUUUAUAUCCUUCUGACAACUCGCUGCAGAAGCUGGGCCAAGAAAACUUUCUACUUUUUUUUUUUUCCAAAUAAAAGCGCAGAGACCGUGUAACUCGGCUACAGACAGAACCGAGUUCUUAUCUCCAGGCCCGUGUAAAGCUAUUUAAAAACAAAGAACCUUUCCAUCACGAGGACCCCACUUGUGCUUUCAGUCCUGAGGCUGCUACUAUUUAACCCCAUCGCCGUCAUGCACACGUCUGCAGACGUGACAGGGCUUGGUCACAGAGGAAAACGCAGCCUGUAGUACAGUAUUAAACCGAAGGUACAAACUUGAAA